AUGGUUCUAAUCUAUGUCAAAUCGGGUGAAUGGAUGUGUAGUCGCGGUGAUGACUGGAGUUUCGUGGUAGACAAAGAAAGGCGUGGUCGAAUGGUAACAUUAGCAACUACUACUACGUUGAAGCAGCUCAAGAUAACGGUGUGUGAGGAUUAUGGGGUGGACCAUAAUGCCAUUAAUGCCGAGUUCAGUUAUUCGUUGUUGAAUCAAAAAGGGAAUCCUCCAAUUAUUAUCACCAAUGAUCGGCAAGCAUCUAAUUUUGUGGGCUAUGCAAAGAGGGAAUCGUCUACUACCUUGUGUGUGAUGUUCUCUGUUUCUGGUGUAAAUCAAAAGGAACGAGUCAAUAUCGAUUUGAAUAAGGAGCCUUGUGAUUCAAGUAAUGUUGAGGAUGAAGAAGUUCCUGAGAUAAAUCGAGCAGAGUUUGUCAAGCCGUCAAAGGAGUCUUUUGUUAAAAGAACGAAUCAUGUCGCUGCGGAUGGUUGCGGUGCUUUAAGGAGUGAAAACAUUGAACUUUGUCAAAACAAUGGAGACAGUGAUAAGGAUGGUCGAGCUUGGAGAGGAGACUUCGUGAAGAAGGAUCAAAUUUUCACAAGUAAAGGGGUUCUGAAGGCAACAAUGGAAAUUUUGGCGAUGAAGAAUAAUUUCGAUUACACUGUUAUCAAAUCCACGAGAAAAUGGUGGUAUAUUCGAUGUAAGGAUGCAUUGUGCAACUGGACUGUGCGUGCAGAAGGAAUAGAUGGGUCUACAUAUUUCAUGAUCAACCAAUGUGAUGGAAGACAUUCAUGUGCUCCUUCAAAGAAAAGGAAAUUCGGAAAAACAGCAUCUGCAAGAACAAUUGGGACUCUGAUACAACAUCGAUUUGAUGAUGCAAACGAUGGCCCAAAACCGAAUGACAUCAUUCAAUUUAUGAGAAUGGAGCAUAGUUGUGAGAUUACUUAUUGGCACGCUUGGGAAGCUCGUGAGUUUGCUAUUGCAGCUGCUAGAGGUAUACCAGAUCGCAGUUACUCUAAAAUACCAGCAUAUUUGCAUAUGAUUAAAGAAGCAAAUCCUGGUACGCAUACUCACUACGAAACUAAUGAGAAGGGAAGAUUCAUGUAUCUAUUUAUGUCAUUUGGGCAAUCAGUUAGAGGAUUCUACAAUGCAAUGCGAAGGGUGAUUGUCGUUGACGGAACUUUUCUGAAAAAUAAAUACAAAGGGACACUUCUUGUUGCUACUGCUGUAGAUGGUAACUCUAAUUUGUAUCCGAUUGCAUUUGGGGUUGUUGAUUCAGAGAAUGACGAUUCAUGGGGGUGGUUCUUCAGACAGUUGAAAGUGGUUAUUGCUGAUUGUCAAGAUCUAGCUUUUGUCUCAGAUAGAAAUGCGUCUAUUUCUAAAGCUAUUGGGACUGUCUACCCUCGAUCAGCACAUGGAAUUUGCAUUCAUCACUUAUUGACCAAUGUGGUCUCAUUUUUCAAGACAAAAGGAUUGACUGCGUUGGUGGAAAAGGCUUCACGGGCAUAUAGGUACACUGAAUUUCAAGAACGUAUCACCGAAAUUUUUGAUAUGAGUCCUGAGCUUGGAAGAUAUCUACGGGAGGCUGAUGUGCGCAAAUGGGCUCGUUCUCUCUUCCCUGGCUCCAGGUAUGACAUUAGGACCACGAACCCUGCAGAGUCUAUAAAUUCAGUUCUUAGAAUACCUAGAGAAUAUCCGGUUAUUCCUUUGCUUGAUAGUAUAAGAGAACUGUUGACUCGAUGGUUCUAUGAGCGUCGCUUGUUAAGCUCAAAGCAUGUAGAUCCUUUAACCGCUAAGGUGGAGAGAAAGAUUGAUAGGAGAAUUGUGAAGGCAAAAGGAUUCCAGGUUUACAAGGUUGACAACUUCAGAUCGGUUGUAAAAGGAGACAUAUAUGAUUGUCAUGUUGAUUUGGAAAGAAGAACAUGCACAUGUGGUAAGUAUGAUAUAGGAAAAAUUCCUUGCCGACACGCCAUUCCUGCAAUUUAUUCACGAGGUAUGGAAGUGCACAGAUUCACUGACGCCUUAUACAGCACUGCAGCGUGGAGAACCGCCUAUGCAGAUUCCAUUAAUCCAAUAGCAGUUCUAGAGUCUGAAUGGAAUGUCCCUGCUGAGGUUAAACUUGCAAAGGUUUUACCACCAAAGACAAGAAAGAGUGCUGGUCGACCAGUAAAGAGAAGGUAUGAAUCAGUAGAAGACAAGAUCGCAUCUUCUCAAGGAUCAAGGAAGAAUAAAAAGCAUAAGUGCAGCCGUUGUGGAACUGAAGGACACAAGAGAGGAACAUGCGAUUUACCCAUCUAG